AACGACGUACGACCGGGGAACACGGGACAGUUUCGAGUGCGCUCCACACACAGUGUCUCUCUGUACUUGUAUUUAAAAAAACGAUUCGAGUGCGUUUCAACGUGGUGGUGGCUUCUGACGAAAAUAAUUAACAUCGUUCCCCUCGAAUUCAGAACGUUGCUUUCGCCACCCUCUUCCACCGAUCUCGAGUUACCAUUUCUCUUGCCGAAAACCACGUUUCUGGCAGAGACUGUUGAAAGAAAAAGGGAAAAGGGCAUCGACGUUUGAUCAUUUCGCACGAUCGUCUGGUAACAAACGUUCGAUAAAAAAGAAAGAAUCGAGGAUCUUGUCGUUGUGUGGGAAAAAGUGUUUACAACAGUGGAGACAACGGUAGCUGUGAUUUUCCCCAAGCCACCCUUUGCGGGCCCUUUGUUAUGGAAACCUGCGUUCUGAUACCCAAAGAAUUUUCCUUGGCACUAGCGAAUGAUCGAUCGAACUACAAGGGCCUCUUCAAGAAUGAUUCAGGCGGUUUAGUUACGGACGUCAGGAUAUCCGUAUGGUCGAACGUGCUUAUUCCGGCAGGGACGUUGAUCUACCCCUUUCAGGGCUCCAUUCGAUUCGACAAGAUCGACCUUUACUCCCUUCUCGAUGACAACGAUAUCAGACGCGAGUACGGCUGCUACGAUGAAGUCUUCUUUUCGAAUUACAGCCUUAACAAGCGCCAGUGCAAUUGGAUAAGAUUCCUCCGUAUAGUUCAGUCUUACGACGAACAAGUAAACUUAAUCGGUACCAAAGUGAAAGGGGAUCCAAUCUUCGAAGUAAUAAAGGAUGUCCAACCGGAUACAGAAUUAGUGGCUUGGUUUCUUCCUACGGCAGAACAAGAUUUCGUCUUUAUAUCGCACGACAUGUGUUCCAGGUCUGCUCUCUACAGAUGCACCAUUGACUCCAUUUUAGAUGAAUCCCCUUUAGACUUAUCCAUGGCGUUGCUUUCUCAUCAUUCGUCAUCGACAAUUUCACAUCCGUACUACGAGGUGGACGAAUACGAGUCUACGUCCGAAGAAUCCUCGUCAUCGACGUUAUCCUUGACAGGGGAUCAUUUAGAUUGCAGUAUUUUAACGACGAUUAAGAGAGGAGAAAGGGUUCUGUUGCCGUGCGAAGUCUGCGGGAAAUCCUUUGACCGACCUUCCCUUUUGAAACGUCACAUGAGAACGCACACAGGAGAGAAACCGCAUGUUUGUAUGGUGUGCAACAAGGGUUUCUCAACGUCGAGCUCGUUGAAUACGCACAAGCGAAUCCACAGUGGUGAAAAACCUCAUCAGUGUCUCGUUUGCGGUAAGAAGUUUACGGCCUCUUCCAACCUCUACUAUCAUCGUAUGACUCACAUCAAGGAGAAGCCACACAAGUGUUCACAAUGCUCCAAGUCGUUCCCAACACCGGGAGAUCUUAAGAGUCAUAUGUACGUGCAUAAUGGGCUAUGGCCAUUCAGGUGCCAUAUUUGUAGCCGUGGUUUCAGUAAACCAACUAAUCUUAAAAACCACAUGUUGCUACAUCUUGGCAGGUGUUCGAACAAGAAGAUUGUCAAAUCCAUUUCCGACUACUGACCAAUCGAUAACGCCCCCUCGAUAAUUUAGAAAAUCCAUCGAGAAAUCUAUACGUAUUUUGUUACGCUAUUGUACGAGAUAGAAAUGAAAAUUACUCGUCUAAACAUCUCUCCCUAUUUAUAUCGCUGUUUAAAGAAACACGUGCGCAAAGUUUGCGCACAAUACAGUUUGACGCACAAUUACACUUUGAUCUUAUUGUUAGUAACGUUUUCAAUUGCUCAUUACAUUCAGGUAAAAUUAGUAUGUAAGUACGUAUUGUUAUCACGCCAUAAGAUCCAUUUUCGUUAACUUUUAUAUCUUAUUUAGAACAAUUAAUUGAAUGUUAUUUUUAUAAAAUUUCUUUAUUGUUCCUCGAAGUUAAUUAAUACUGUUUACAAAGUGUUACGUUGAUUAUUAUUGUAGUGUUAAGAUAGAUCUACGUAUGUAAGAGAAAUCACAUGAACUUUGAGUGAAACGUUCAUUUCUUAUGAUAUAGGAAAUUUAAGAAAUAUGCAUUGAGGAAUAAACGCGUUGUUUCGCAUUUCUUGUACGCGCGUGUUAUUAACUACAAGAAUCUAAAUGAAAGAAGGAAAAAGUUACCCUUACAUCGAGUGCUUGCCGGUUCAUGAAUUUUCAUCGUUCCUGACAAUUUCAUAUCGUUCAACUCGAUGAAGAGAAGUAAUUGCCUUUUUACCUCGUUCCGAUAUUUGUUUCGCAAUUACAGCAAAUGACCUAUGCAUACCUUUGAUAAAAUUAUGUGAUGUU